UAUUUUUAGCUUGUCAUCUGUUUACAUUAUUUUACCCUUAUCUUGGUUGCUUGUUUGCGUGUGCUGUUUGCUUGUAGUCGCAAUAUUGCAGCAAACACAGCAACAUGUGGGAUCGCGAGAACACGAUAAAAUUGAUUGAAUUGUACGAGAAUUAUUCCGUUUUAUGGGAUGUCUCGUCAGCAGACUAUAGAAAUAAACAUAAAAAGCAAAAUGCUUUUCACGAAAUGGCUAAAAAAUUAGACAAAAGUGAUGAUGAAAUAAAAACAAAAAUUCAUCAUUUGCGUACUCAAUUUUUGCAAGAGGUGCGCAGAGUGAAGAAAAAAAAGAGUGGCCAAGGUACAUCGGGCAACUAUACCAGCAAAUGGGAGUUUUUCGAUGCGCUUAAAUUUAUUAAAAAUGACGACGGAAAUAAUUUUAAAAUUCAAAAUUUGGAACUAAUUGAAAGCGCCGUUAACACAAUAUCCUCAGAAGAGGCACCAUGCCCAACUAAUUCGUCACUAACAACAGAUGACGUACCAAGCAUUUAUAUACAGCAACCGUACUCACAGGAAUGCAAAAAAGAAACAUCAGAGGAUGAUAUGAAUUACCUGUAA